AAGGAAAUAGAAAUACAACUGGGUUUGGUUGAGUUCCGCCAUGGGAACACAGGUUGAGAGCUUGUGGGUUUUGGCUCUUGCUGCCAAAUGCAGAGCUUUCUCUUCUGAAACUGUCCUCGUUUUUGGGUUUGCGCUGUGUUUGGUUUGGUUUGCUGUGGUUUUGUCCCACUGGGCUUACCCGGGAGGCCAAGCUUGGGGGAGGUACUGGAGCAAGAGAGGAAGUAAAGCUGAGGCCAUCAUCCCAGGGCCGCGAGGGUUUCCAGUGGUGGGGAGCAUGAGUCUCAUGGUGAACCUCGCUCAUCACAACCUCGCGGCUGCUGCCGAGCGGCUAGGAGCGAUGAGGCUCAUGGCGUUCAGCCUUGGCGAGACUCGAGCCAUCGUUACGAGCAACCCAGACGUGGCGAAAGAGAUUUUGAACAGCUCGGCGUUUGCGGAUCGGCCAGUGAAGGAGUGUGCGUACAGUCUGAUGUUCAACCGCGCAAUUGGAUUCGCUCCCUAUGGAGUUUACUGGCGAACCCUGCGGAGAAUUGCCGCCACCCAUCUCUUCUCUCCCAAACAAAUCACUGCCUCGGAGACUCAGAGGUCCGAAAUCGCUGCCCAGAUGGUGUCACUCGUUGGCAGCUGUAUUGGAGACAUCCGCGUCCGCGAUAUUCUGAAGCGAGCUUCGCUUCACCACAUGAUGUCCUCCGUAUUCGGACGCAAAUACCAACUGGGUUCCUCAAAUUCCGAAACGGAUGAACUUAGUAGACUCGUCGAAGAAGGCUACGAUCUCCUUGGCAAGCUCAACUGGUCCGACCACCUCCCUUGGCUUGCAGGGCUCGACCCUCAGAAAAUCCGAUUCAGAUGCUCCAAACUCGUCCCCAGAGUGAAUCGGUUCGUGAACCGGAUCAUCACUGAACAUAGAGCUCAGCCCGGCCCAACAACCCGAGAUUUCGUUGAUGUCCUACUCUCCCUUCAACAACCCGAUAAGUUGUUGGAUUCCGAUAUAAUCGCCGUCUUAUGGGAGAUGAUAUUUCGGGGAACGGAUACGGUGGCAGUUUUGAUAGAGUGGAUACUCGCAAGGAUGGUACUCCACCCUGAGUGCCAAUCAAGGGUCCACGAUGAGCUGGAUAGGGUGGUCGGAAAGUCACGGCCGGUGAAGGAAUCCGACAUUCCGGCGAUGGUAUACCUGGCGGCGGUCGUGAAGGAGGUUCUGAGGCUGCACCCACCGGGCCCACUGCUCUCGUGGGCCCGUUUAUCAAUCACAGAUACCACGGUGGAUGGCUAUCACGUGCCUGCCGGGUCCACAGCGAUGGUUAACAUGUGGGCCAUCACACGGGAUCCACGAGUGUGGUCAGAUCCACUCGACUUCACGCCCGACAGAUUCGUGACCACCCCUGCUGACGUGGAAUUCUCCUUGUUUGGAUCCGAUCUCAGGCUCGCUCCAUUCGGGUCGGGCAGAAGAACCUGCCCCGGAAAGACCCUUGGCUUGACCACAGCCACCUUUUGGGUGGCGUCGCUGUUGCAUGAGUUCGAGUGGCUUCCAUCCGACCCAAACCCGGUGGAUCUAUCCGAAGUGCUGAGGCUAUCCUGCGAAAUGGCACACCCUCUGACUGUGAGGGUGCGGCCCAGGCGAAUAUGAUAGCUCAGAUUAGAUUCCAACAUGAUGUAAAUACAUGCAAGUGGCUUUAGAUCUCAACCGUCCACUCCACCUCCACCUCCUCUUUUCCUUUUUUGUGAGUCGAAUGUUUUGCCACGCUAGCUAGCAUAAAGUGUACUUUUUCUUUUUCUUUCAUGUACACCAUAUAUGUGGCAGUGUAUCCUAAGUCCAACUCCUUAAAUCGCAUCCUUGUUCUUGGAAUCA